GACGAGAGAAUAGCAACCCUUGCUGCUGUGCUUGGAGAAACACAGAGAGAGUCGACGACACACCCAAAAACAGCCUGGAAUAUCUUCCGUUCGGAAUCGCAAAGGACAUGGCCCAUGGAUAAGCGAGGAAAGCGACGCGCGCGUUGUGCUGCCUCGUCCUGUUGGUGAAAGCGCGAAGGAGAGCAAGCGAGUGGCUGAGAGCUACUUAUCAUUGCUUCGCCCGAAGUGCUGACCUCAGCUCGUGACGUGAUAAACACACCAAAUAAUUCAGCGCUCGCAGUCUCACGGGUCAUAAUCGACUCGACCAUCUGGCGCGAGUUGCAGUCUCAACUCGCCCUCGAUCCUGUCAUAAAUACGCUCUCUUUACUCAUAACACACGUCUUGCGGAUGUUAUCUACUUCUUUUACACAUGUAGUGCCGCUUUGGGAAUUCUAAAGCUCGACCAACUCUGCAAAUAGGCCCCGAAUAUGGCCACAAGGUUUUUGAUUUUCUCCGCGUUGACCUUGUUUGUGGCAGAAGAUGGAUUGGCUUCGACAAGCGUGCCGCUGACUCCCCCCAAAUACCUGUUCACACGAAUCAUCGACGCGUUCACCCUCAAGCUUGUGUGGCAAGUACAGACAGACGCGCCCGCGAGCAGCAUACACUACAGAAUAGGUCUGCGGCGUGGCUCGCUCGAGGCUCCCGAGACUUACACUCGAGUUCGCGGCGACCAGGGACAUUUUGUCUUUGGCAAUCUCAAGCCGUACACGUACUACUACUUUCGCGUCCAGAAAGGAGACAACUCGGGGAACUAUGGACGAUUCUCCAGAUCUAUAUGGGAAGAGACCCCAGAAACAGAGCCGAGUGCUCCUCCGACAAACGUAACCGCGUACAACACAAGCUCCAUGGGGAUCAUGGUAUUUUGGGAUCAAGUCCCCGCCAAGCAGCGUAACGGGCACAUCCUUGGAUACAAGCUGUGUUACCGGAAGAGGUCAGAUCCACCAAUCACAGAUCUGUGCCUCUCUCUCUACCCUCUCAGCAUGCACCUCGGGGGACUGGAGCCCUACACAGAGUACGUGAUCACUGUAAAGGCCUAUACUAAUAUAGGUGACGGACCGCCUUGUGAUCCUAUAUAUGUCUGGACCGACGAGUUUGUCCCAUCUCGAGCUCCAGUGAUAAAAAGUCUAACCUCCACCACCACCACCAUCACAGUGAGCUGGUCACACAUCCCGCAGCAGUUCGUACAUGGAAUCUUACGGGGAUACUACAUAGUACAGUAUGAAUGGCAUACUGGGAAGAAAACAAUCAAGCGCGUCAAUGCUACCACCACUACCAUCACAAUUAAGGACAGAAAGAUGAACGCUACAUACGGGAUUAAAAUGGCUGGUCUAACACGUGUCAGGGGGUACAUACGCAGUGGCCAGGGGGGACCCAUACAGAAUAUUACAACCAAGCUUGGCUGUGGCCCACCGAAAAAUGUGCGAACAAGUAGCGAUUGCCCUCGAUGCAUGAAAGUCGAGUGGGCUGCUGCAGAAUUAGGAGACCCCAGUAGAGCCAUAAUCGACUACAUUGUUACCCUGGCGUCCGAAACUCAAGCAGCUAUUACCAAACAUGUUGGAGGCGGCCAGCUACGAGUGAGCAUCAGCGACCUGACGCCCUAUACACGGUACACGAUAACGAUAGCGGCGAGGACAAGUGACGGAAUGGGUGCGCAGAGUCAGCCUGUGGUGCAGGAGACCGAUCAGGAUGUCCCAGGAAUUGCUCCAGAAAAAGUCACCGUGAAGAGCACUGGACCCAACAGCCUGCUGGUAAAGUGGAGCCCAGUCCCCGCGGAUGAGGUCAACGGCGAGCUAAAGGGAUACCACGUGUACUACAGCAGCGUGAAGAGUCGCGUGAGACGUAACAGCCGUCACGGUUUAACCCAGCGCAACAAACACCUGAUCAAGCGUUCCAUUGAUAGCCACAAACGCUCUAGACAUCGCGCAAGCUUCCGCAACAUAAGAAAGCGUUCGAUCAGUCACGCUGGCGUGAUGCACGCUCUUGCGGUAAACGCGUCCUCUCGGGGUGUCGAGAUCAGUGGACUGGAACCGAACUCGGCCUACAGCGUGGAGGUAGCGGCCUUCACCAUCAAGGGGAGUGGGCCGAAGAGUGCGCCGGUCACGGUCCGGACUGAGGAGGACGUUCCGCGUAAAGCUCCAACUGCUUUGCGAGUGGAGUCCGUCACAGCUACCACCAUCACAGUCACGUGGCAGCCCCUCUCACCUCUAUUCACCAAUGGCAAGCUGCAGGGAUAUCACGUGAUCUACAAAAAGAAGACCGCUGAUCAGGCCGUCAUCGAGAAUAUGGUGUCAGUAAAUGCGACAAUACUGCGCAUGACAUUACACGGACUGGAACCGCUGACUACAUACAAGAUAUGGGUCGCAGGCUUCACUAGUAAAGGCAAGGGUCCGGGAAGCAAGCACACUGAGGCGACAACUCUGAAAAUAGUACCCGGAAAGCCAAUGCAAGUAUAUGUUGAUGUCACAAGCCCCACUUCCGUGCAGGUCACAUGGAAGAACCCGGCCUGGGGCCUGGGGAUAGUGAAGAGUUACAUGGUGCGCUGGGUCUUACGUGGUCAGCGGUCAAGCAGCCCCGAGGGCGAGUCGCAGAAGAUUGUCAAGGUGACCGAUUCAUACCACAGGGAGACCAUCAUUGGUGGGCUACAGCCCUACAGCAUGUACACCUUCACGGUCCGCGAAGAAUCGACGGAAUCUGGAUGGGGACCGUUCUCGGACGCUGUGGAUCAGAUGAUGCCCGAGGAUGCUCCGUCUGAGCCGCUUGAAGUAUCUGUACUCAAGAAAGAUGGCCCACGACUUGUCAUACAGUGGAAGAGGCCGAAGUCGCCGAAUGGAGUCAUCCGCAAGUACAUAGUGUACUACAUCAACGACGAAGGGGACGUCCUUUGGGACAAGACGGUAAACUCGGAAUUAUCAGGAGACACCAUUCAGCAUGAGCAUACGCUACCAGAUAAGACGGCCGAGUACAAGAUUAGGGUUCAAGCGUUCAACUCUGUACCUGGUAAAAUGAGUGACGAUCUUACUGUACAGCACCUCUCCGAUGAUUCCUUGGGAUACGCCAGAAAUUCCAACAAGUAUCUGGACCACCUGCCUUGGCUCCUGGUUGGUCUUGGUGCGGUAGUGGUGCUCCUUGCUGCCACCUUUGUGUUCGUCAUGAUCAGGAGAUCAAGAAAACGAGCAGCGAAAAACAAAAGCACGCAAGAAAUAACAACGGUACCUAAGACGUUCGGCGCGCACCGGCCAGUCCCGGUCCCAGACCUCAAGGCGCACUGUGUACGAUUCCACGGGUACGACGACUCGUUAUUCAUAGAGGAAUACAGGAGUCUUAGCCACCUUGGUCCGAGAGCAACGUUUGAGGCGGCGCAGACGCCCUACAACAAAACAAAAAACAGAUACCCAAACAUUCUACCGUAUGAUCACUCUCGGGUUGUUCUUCGGGCCAGGAAAGAUUCCCAAGGAUCCGAUUAUAUCAACGCCAACUUUGUAGAUGGAUAUGGAUGUCCGCAGAAAUACAUCGCCGCACAAGGCCCCCUGACGGAGACGAUUAAAGACUUCUGGCGCCUGAUCUGGGAAAAGGGCUGUACAACGAUAGUUAUGCUUGGUGACACUGAACACAAAGUCAAGCUGCGUAGCGAUUGCGAGCGUUACUGGCCCGAGGAUGGCCACCAGGAGUACGGUGACGUGGCGGUGUCUGUGGUGGACGUCACGCACAUGACCGACUGGACCGUGCGCACAUUCCUCGUAUGGUCCACAGACCCGGAGUGCAUGGAUAAGCGUGAAGUCACGCAGUUCCAGUUCACGGCUUGGCCAGAUCAGGGAGUGCCGGAAAACACUGCGCCUCUCAUCAUCUUCCAUCACAAGUACCGCUACCACUUGUCUUCAGAAGAGACGGGGCCUAUUUUAGUGCACUGCGGGGCGGGCGUUGGCCGGACAGGGACGUUUAUAGCUAUCGACUCACUGAUGGAUCAGAUGGUGAUGGAGGGUGUCGUGGACGUGUAUGGGUUCGUUGCUCAGAUGCGCACGCAAAGAAACUUUAUGGUGCAAACGCACGAACAGUACGCGUUCAUCUAUGACGUAUUGCGUGACGCGUCACUGUGUGGCAUCACUGAGAUUCCGUCACAAGAGAUCGCGUCCAGUCUACUGGUGUUGCGUGACAAUGAUCCUGAUAUCAUCCGACAGCGACAGGAUGAGUUCGAAAAUCUGCAAGUGUGCAAAGACGAAGAGUUUGAGCGAAGUGUCGCGUACAUCAGAGAAAACAUCGUGAAAAACAGAUGUCCAGAUGUUGUACCAUUUGACACAAAUCGUAUUCGGCUGAGCAUCACUAAUGACAUUCCCUGCUCUGAGUACAUCAACGCCAGCUACAUAGAUAGCUAUAAUGAGGCCCAUGAGUACAUCGCAACACAGGCACCCAUGGAAAACACGAUCAACGAGUUCUGGCAGAUGGUCUGGGAGCAGAAAUGUACGGCAAUAGUGAUGUUGACGGAGCUACAGGACCGGGGACAGAUCGAAAGUGAGUUGUACUGGCCGCGGGAUGGCUGUGUCCGUUAUGGGAAAUACAUCGUGACCAAAAUUGACGAAGAAGAACUGGACGACCACACCCAGAGAGUUUUUAAGCUUCGCUGUCACGGGAGCAUGGACAGCCUCCUGGUGUAUCAUUUCCAAUACCAUAACUGGUCAGCACAUGGCAUGCCUCCUAGAAUGAACGGGCUGGUCUUCCUACACGAGCAAGUCCAGAAAAUUCAAUCCACAGAGGAUCAUGGUCCUACCGUGGUGCAUUGCAGUGAUGGCGCAGGUCGCACAGGUGUUUUCUUGGCUUUAGCCAUCUCUAUCGAGCGUCUUGAAGCGGAGGAUACCGUAGACAUCUUUCAGACAGUCAGGUGGUUACGAUCUCAGCGUCCAGCUUUUGUCGGCUCUAUUGAGCAAUACAGUUGCUGCUACCAAGCGGUGAAGAGCUAUCUGUCAUGGCGAACAAGGGCGACGAAUGACUACUGUACAGCUUGAAAAGCAACUAAAUGCGAGUAGUAGCGCACCACUACUACUGUGAAAUAUUUGAUAACAUCUUUAAUAGAUAGCGUACCUCUACUACUGUGAAAUAUUUGAUAACAUCUUAGAUUAGAUCGUCAUCUGCGUUAAAGCACAUACAAUAUACAAAACACAGACAAAUAUGGCCCGCGAUAAACACACAACACGGACAAAUGACACUCGAUAAACACGACACACAACACGGACAGAUGGCACGCGAUAAACACACAACACGGAUAAAUGACACGCGAUAAACACAACACACAAUAACACGGACAAAUGGCCCCCGAUAAUUACCCAACACGGACAAAUGACACGCGAUAAACACAACACACAACACGGACAAAUGGCACUCGAUAAACACACAGCACGGAUAAAUGACACGUGAUAAACACACAACACGGAUAAACGACACGUGAUAAAGAGAAAACACGGACAAAUAUGACACGCGAUAAACACAACACGGACAAAGAAAAAACACAUUUUAUCGACGUUAAUGAUACUGUAUAUAGAACUACUCGACAAGCAUUAGAAAACUUAGAAGAAAAUUUUGUAGAAAAAUAGUCGAGGGCAUAGCGUACAGUGGGAACUCGAUCCAUAACGAUAUGAAAACAGACAAAUCGUUCUAUGGAGAAUCGAGACAAUUUCCCAUUUCACGGAUUUGUAUAGAAGUUUUCGAGUUACUGUUCAGAGUAAAUUGUGAAUUAUUAAA